AUUGACUUAGGCGGCUUUUACAACCUGGGUUUCGGUUUUCACGCCCGAGGAUGUUGAACAUGUAUGGCACCAUUUACAAUCCUCCAACCCACCUCUUCACAUCCUCAGUAAAAGAACUCUCUCAGAGCUACAAUGCGGUUUCUGGAACUGUAAAUUCCGGCCUUUCUAAUAUAACAUCAAACAACCCAGCUAGUCAAGCUCAAUGUCAAUCAUCUUUGAUCGGACCAAUCGGUUGUGGAUCAUCUGCUUCUAUUGUCAACAGUGGUAACCAUUCUCUCCCACCCCUCUGUGGGUUAAGUUCCAACACACCAGGAGUUCCUUAUGGGAUAAGUAAUGGACCGUCUGAAGUUGUUCACAAUAAUAGUAGCAAUGGAAGCGCAGCAAAUGGUAGUGGUUCUUCGCCUCCUGUUGUAGGCAGUGGUGGUGAUGGUCCCCCCCUGAGUGUUGGUGCAGGCAGCAGUGCAGGUCCUGGAAGUAACAGUAGUGGCUCAGGUGGCGCUGGUGGGUCGAGUGGUGGUAGCGGCAGUGGCCAUUCUUCAGCAUCUGCUCAACAUCUCAUUCAGUUCGAACCACCGGCUCGUCCUGGAAGAGGUUCAGAAGGUCGUUGCAUUAGCCUGAGGGCAAAUCACUUCGAAAUAAGAAUGCCUAAAGGAUUUCUUCAUCACUACGAUGUCUCGAUCACCCCUGAGAAAUGUCCAAGGCGUGUAAAUCGUGAGAUAAUUGAAACUAUGGUCAAUUCAAUGCAUUAUCAAAAGUACUUUUAUAAUCAGAAGCCAGUAUUCGAUGGGCGUAGGAACAUGUAUACUCGUGAACCACUUCCUAUCAGCAAGGAGAAAGUUGAAUUAGAAGUUACACUACCCGGUGAAGGAAAGGAUCGAGUUUUUCGUGUCGCUAUCAAGCAUGUUUCAGAAGUAUCACUUUUCGCCUUAGAAGAGGCACUCGGCGGUCAUAAUCGACAUAUACCAAAUGAUGCUGUUAUCUCGUUGGAUGUGAUUAUGCGUCAUUUACCCAGUAUGAGUUACACUCCUGUCGGUCGAUCAUUCUUUCAAAAUCCUGAUGGAUAUGAAAAUCCUUUGGGUGGUGGUCGAGAAGUAUGGUUUGGAUUUCAUCAAAGUGUUCGACCUUCUCAAUGGCGAAUGAUGCUGAAUAUUGAUGUAUCUGCAACUGCAUUUUACAAGGCUCAGUCUGUUAUCGACUUCAUGUGUGAAGUCUUAGAUAUAUCGGAUAAGAAUGAACAGCGUCGGCCGUUAACUGACAGUCAAAGAGUUAAAUUCACAAAAGAAAUCAAAGGUUUGAAGGUUGAAAUCACACACUGUGGUACAAUGAGACGUAAAUAUCGUGUUUGUAAUGUGACCCGACGACCUGCUCAAACUCAAUCCUUUCCUUUACAGUUAGAUACUGGAGCUACAGUGGAAUGUACUGUAGCUAAAUAUUUUCAAGAACGCUAUAAUAUACGCUUGGAAUAUCCACAUUUACCAUGCCUUCAAGUUGGUCAAGAACAAAAGCACACAUAUUUACCAUUGGAAGUGUGUAAUAUGGUAUCAGGUCAAAGGUGUAUCAAAAAGUUGACAGAUAUGCAAACAUCUACUAUGAUUAAAGCUACUGCUCGUUCAGCACCUGAUCGAGAAAAGGAGAUCAAUAAUCUUGUGAAAAGAGCCAAUUUCAAUGCUGAUCCACAUUUACAAAUGUUUGGAAUUAAUGUGAAUACUCGUAUGGCUGAAAUUCAGGGUAGAGUUAUUCCUGCUCCAAAGAUUCAGUAUGGUGGACGUACUAAAGCGCAAGCAUCACCACAACUCGGUGUAUGGGAUAUGCGUGGUAAACAAUUCUUUUCAGGCAUAGAAAUUAAAGUCUGGGCAAUUGCUUGUUUCGCUCCACAGCGUAUUGUUCGGGAAGAGUCACUAAGGCUGUUUACCUUACAACUUCAAAAGAUUUCUAAUGAUGCCGGCAUGCCUAUUUUAGGCCAACCAUGCUUCUGUAAAUAUGCUACCGGUCAAGAUCAAGUUGAGCCAAUGUUUCGAUAUUUAAAGAAUACACAUACUGGUUUACAGCUGAUUGUUGUUGUUCUGCCAGGAAAAACUCCAGUCUACGCUGAAGUUAAACGUGUCGGUGAUAUUAUGUUCGGUCUUGCAACACAAUGUGUUCAAUCAAAAAAUGUUAAUAAAACAUCUCCACAAACACUUUCUAAUCUUUGCCUUAAAAUCAAUGUUAAACUUGGUGGAAUCAACUCAAUUAUUGUGCCAAGUGUUCGACCAGCUGUUUUUCGAGAACCAGUUAUCUUUCUUGGCGCAGAUGUUACUCAUCCACCAGCUGGUGAUAAAACAAAGCCAAGUAUUGCUGCUGUUGUAGCUAGUAUGGAUGCUCAUCCAAGUCGAUAUUCAGCUACUGUACGCGUACAAUCACAUCGUCAAGAAAUUAUACACGAUCUUUAUCCUAUGGUUAGAGAUCUAUUACUACAAUUCUAUCGAGCGACACGAUUUAAGCCAACUAGGAUUAUUUAUUAUAGAGAUGGUGUUGGUGAAGGUCAAUUCUUAAAUGUUUUAAAUCAUGAACUACGCGCUAUACGUGAAGCAUGCGUCAAAUUAGAAUUAGGUUAUCAACCUGGUAUCACAUUUAUUGUUGUCCAAAAACGUCAUCAUACACGAUUGUUUUGCGCUGAUAAAAAAGAUCAAAUGGGUAAAUCUGGUAAUAUACCUGCUGGGACAACAGUGGAUCAAGUGAUUACGCAUCCAACAGAAUUUGAUUUUUAUCUAUGCAGUCACGCUGGAAUUCAAGGCACUUCUCGACCAAGUCACUAUCAUGUCCUAUGGGAUGAUAAUAGAUUUAGCGCUGAUGAUAUACAAAAUUUAACUUACCAAUUAUGUCAUACAUAUGUACGUUGUACACGUUCAGUUUCAAUUCCUGCGCCGGCCUAUUAUGCUCAUUUAGUUGCAUUCCGAGCGCGAUAUCAUUUAGUUGAAAAAGAAAUCGAUAGUGGUGAAGGCAGUCAAAAGUCUGGUAAUUCAGAUGAACGCACGCCUACUGCUAUGAUGCGAGCGGUUACAGUUCAUCCUGAGACAUUGAGAGUUAUGUACUUUGCUUAAUGGAAGAUGCAGGCAAUCCAUAUCAGUAAAAUCUUCACAAAAGACAAUGAAAAACCUGAUAUUCUACCGAACACUACUAGUACUACUACGUAUAUUCGUGUUUAUUUGAUUAUCAAUGAAUGUGAGAAUACAGUGAGAAGGCAGUUAGUUAGUCAAUGAAGGCUGUUACCUUUCCUUUUCCAACUUCUUGGCAUCCAUUACCACCACCCCCUCUCCUUCAGCUUAUCUUCUUUUUCUAUGUGUACAUAUAAUCAAUAAAUAAUUCACCUCAUAACACUCGUUGAUAACUCUUCAACAGUGUACUACACCUAAUCUUCUUGCUGUUAUGUUACCCAACCCCCUCGACGGCCGAUCGCCUUUUCGUCUUUUUUUUACAUUCACUUGCCAAUUUAAAUAAAAUCAUUAUUCAAACCCAUUAUUAUUACUACUACUAUUAUUAUUACUAAUAUUAAUAUUGUUAUUAUGGUGUGCGUGUGUGUGUAUGCGCGUUACUCAUCUACUUGCCCAUUAUUAUCAUUAUUAUUAGUAUUAUUACUCAUUAUUAUUAUUGUAUUAUCCGCCUAUGAUGUACCUUGGAGUCUGUAUGAAGGUGAAUAAUAUACUCCAUCAUUUCCGGAGUAGGAGAAAAGGCGGAGUUGUGUUAUGUGAAUAUUGUCUACUGUAGAGAUCACCUCGCGGAAGUAAUAUGUAUAUGUACAUAGCUAAAUAAUCAAUUAUUAUUAUUAUUACCAGUACAAUUGCUUAGUCUUUUUUCCUCAUUUAUGUUCUCAAGGGGACACAAGUCCAUCCUCUUGAAUUUUCUAUUGGAUUCCUUAUAUACACAUAUAUGAAUAGCAA